CAGAGAACUCGCCGCAGUUCACGACCGAAAGUGCAGUGAUGAUCAAGGCCCGCGACCAGAUCUACGGUGCCUUAGCGACGCUGCUCUUCAGCCAGGCUAGCAUCGAGCACGCACGUGUCUACGCCGUACUCCUGCUGCUAGCGCAGGUAAUGAAGUACCGCUACCUUCUGGAACGCGCUCUCGAACGCACCUUGAGGGACUACGGCCCGUGCCUUCGCGUGACAGGAAGCCUGACGAGCGCCCGGUUCACGGCUUGGGUAACGCAGACGCUGGUCGCUACAGAAGCUAUCGAAGAGCUCGGCCGCAUGGUGGAAAGCCUCAAGGAAGCCAUGAUUAGCCACCCCGCCAUACUGCCGGAGCUGAAUAUGAGCGACAGCGACGUUGCCAAGUGGACUGUCCACGUUAUAGGGUCGGAAAGAGCCCUCUACGCGUCGUCCACGACGUCGUCGCUACCUGCAGCGUCUGCUCCGUACGAUGACCGCUUCCUGCUGAACGUAGCUCGCGCUAGCAGGGACAACGUUUUCCCCGCAGUCUCCAAAUACGACAGCACAUCGUCCGACGGUAGUGACCACCCGCUGGACAUAGACGUCGACGCGCGCACUCUGGCAGCGUGGCAGAUUCAAGGAACGAUAUCGUACGACAGUCGCACCAGGCGACUGUUUGUGCCAGCCGUUUGGCUGUCGGACAUUACGUUUGUUCGCGACAGUUCCAUUCCAGGCCUCGACUUCGCUACCCUCGGCGUCCGUCUCCUGGCAGUCUGGAUUCGCGGUCAGUUCGCAGAGAGACCGCACCUCUUGGAAAAACUCGAGAGCAGCGCAGAGUGCCGCUGGCGCGAGGUCGAGACAACUCUAGAUGGCGAAAACUCCGACGAGUUCGUGCGAAAGACCGCGUCUACAGAAUGGGCCCUCCGCGUCGCCUUUCUGGCGUCCCAACAGCCGUUGCUGCGGAAGGACCUCGCAAACGACGGGCUUAGAGAUCGAGUCUUCUUCUGGAGGUUUUGCCAGUUUCACUGCGGAGACAUUGUCAACGGCGAUGCCUGUGGUAUUGCGGUUCGUCGCACGCGAUAUUUCCAGGACGCCUUCAUGUGUCGUGAACCUGAUGUGCCUCUAUGCUCACCCUGAAAUGUAAGCCGACGAGAGAGCCGCAUUUAUGCA